AUGACGACGACGAGAACGCUUUACGCGCACGCUCACGCUACACGCGUCGAGAAAAACAACACCAACACCUUCAACAACAGACGAUUUGAACGAAGAUAUUUUCGAACGCGAGACCGAAUGAGAACGGAGACGAUUCGUCGGAGUUUCGUCUCCCUACGGGUUGAUGACGAUGAUGAUGGAAGGAGGAGGAGGAACGCGAGGACUGCGGCGUCAUCUUCUUCUUCGAACGCUCCAUUCGACGACGAUUCAGAGGACUUGUACGAGAUUCUCAACCUUUCUCAACCGUACGAAUCAUUGACCAAGAGAGAUAUCAAAACCGCCUUUCGAAAGAGAGCGUUGGAAACGCACCCGGAUAGGAACAAGAAACCAAACGCUUCGGAGGAGUUUAACAAGUGCAAGCGAGCGUACAACACGCUCUCGGACGAUCGUUUGAGAAAGGAGUACGAUAGGAAAAGACUUUUUUGGAAGAAGAAUGGCGGCGGCAAUGGGAGUAGUAGUAGACCGUGGACGACGACGACGAGCGCUUCUUCUUCGUCGUCGUCUUCGUCGUACGCGCGACCACCCAAACAACAACAACGGCAGAAAGCGGAGGAAGAAGAAACGUUUUACGGCUUUUCAGAUUUCUUCCGCGACGUGGAGAAAGAGUUCGAAGAGCGCGAAAGACGCAAAGGAAGAGACCCGUCCAAGCCGAAGAGCAUAUGGGAAGAGUUGGAGACGCUCGGCGAGGAGUUCGUGGAGUUUUUAGAGGAGAACGAGAGGAAAGAUUUCCAAAAAUACGACGACGCCAGAGAAGAAGAGGCGAAGAAAACGAGGAACGACGACAGUACGAACGGCGGCGGGAAUUCGAGCGCGAGUCGCGAAAGCAGCAGUUAUAGUAAAAGUAGUAGUAGUGCAAGUAGUAAAGCGACGAUACCGCCGAAGAGUGAUGAUGAUAAAGCGAAUAAGAAAGUGGCCGCGAAAGAUGAAUCCGUCGAGGACAUGUUGCGAGCGCUCAAGAAGCAAAUGGGGAAGUCUUGA